AUGCAAUCCUUUCACUCGCCGCACGCAAUAGCAGAUACCGCUGUGGCAGACACCCACGAGGAUUUCGAGCUGCAAGAGAUGAGUUCGGCUGCUGCCACUAACCCUGAAGCUCCAUUGCUCGCUCCUCGCGAUGCAGCUCCUCGCUCUCCGCCACCCAGAUACUCUGACCACCAGUUUGGGAAUGAUGCCGCCAGCAAUGAUGGUGAUAGGAGGCGGUCGCUGGGACAGGCACCAGCAGCUGCACCCGCAGAGUCGGGAGGCUGGUUUAUAUGGACACUAACAUGUUCAGCGGGGAUUAGUGGUUUGCUUUUCGGAUAUGAUACAGGUGUUAUUUCAUCCACUCUGGUUUCGAUUCGAACGGACCUUUCAGGCCACCAUCUCACCACCCUCGACAAGAGUCUGAUCACAUCAUGUACCAGUCUAUUCGCGCUAAUAGCAAGCCCAUUCGCGGGUAUUUUGGGGGAUAAACUUGGCCGUAGACCCAUCAUACUCAUCGCGGAUGCCUUGUUCAUCGUCGGGGCGUUGUGGCAGGCCGCAUCCUCGACCGUCUGGAGCAUGAUAUUAGGCCGGAGCCUGGUUGGAUUGGGGGUUGGAGCAGCUAGUCUGGUUACUCCUUUGUACAUAUCAGAACUAUCACCACCUGAUAUCCGCGGCAGAUUGGUAACCAUCCUAAGCCUCUUCGUCACUGGUGGCCAGGUAGUCGCCUACACCAUCGGCUGGCUCUUCUCAACCACCCACGCGGGAUGGCGGUGGAUGGUCGGCCUUGGAGCCCUCCCUGGAAUAAUCCAGCUUUCCAUCCUGCUCUUCCUUCCCGAAACCCCGCGCUGGCUUGUCCGUGCGGAGAGGCAACCUGAAGCCCGUCGAGUGAUCCACAAAAUAUACGGCGCCUCUAACCCCCGAAUGCCCGAACAACUCGUCCGGGACAUCGAGCGCGAGCUCGUCGCGGAGGAGAACGCCGUGGACGAGCUCCUCAAACCCAUAGAUCAAGAAACAUCGGACCACCACUGGUUCCGUCUCCCCCGUGGCUGGGCCGCUCUAUUUCAGAUCGACGGCAACCGCCGCGCCUUAGCCAUCGCCUGCAUGCUCCAAGCGCUCCAGCAACUCUGCGGCUUCAACUCACUCAUGUAUUUCAGCGCAACCAUCUUCUCGCUCCUAGCAUUCUCCUCGCCGACCCUAACCUCCCUCUCCGUCGCCGUGACAAACUUCCUCUUCACCCUCCUCGCCUUCUCGCUCAUCGACCGCAUCGGCCGCCGCCGCAUCCUCCUCUCCUCUGUCCCCAUCAUGACCGCAGCCUUGCUCCUCUGCGCCCUCGCCUUCUCUGUCUUCGAUCCCCCAACAAACGGCGACGACCCGUCGCCGCCGCCACAGGAACCGGGCGGAGGAUCGGCUUCAGCGCUCGCCCCUCUCGCGCCUCUCCUUAUCCUCACUUCCCUCACAAUCUACACUGCUGCCUACGCCUCCGGCAUCGGCACGAUACCCUGGCAGCAAUCCGAGCUAUUUCCUUUAGGUGUGCGCUCGCUCGGCUCAGCGCUUGCGACGGGGACGAACUGGGGGUCUAAUUUUGUCGUCGGGCUCUCGUUCCUGCCGAUGAUGGAUUGGAUAUCUCCCGUGUGGACGUUUGUGAUGUAUGCGGUUAUUUGCGGAGCGGGGUGGGGGUUGACUUGGGCGAUAUAUCCGGAGAUGAGUGGACUGGGGUUGGAGGAGGUCAGGGGGUUGCUUGUGGCUGGAUGGGGCGUUAGGGAGAGUGUAGAGGGAUUUAAGAGGAGGAGGGGGGAGAGGAGAAGUGAAGAAGGGGAGGGUCUGUAGAUGUGUUAUUCGUUGCAACAUCGCUUCAUUCUUCCUCUUAGAUACAAUCUUUCAUUUUUUUUUUUUUUUUUUUUUUUUUUUUUUCAAUUUCCUUUUUUCCUUCCC